UGUGAGUGGUGUGUGAGCAGUCAGUUUGUGUGUUUUGCUGUAUUUCAUGCUUGCGGUAGUUUUAUUAGUAUUUUUCUGGAAGGAAGAAUAAACUCUUGAGGAUGUCAGAAAUGAUGGGGGCCUCUCUGCCUGUGAGCGGGCAGGAGUGCCCUGGCCGGCAGGCCGAUUGUUAGCCAUGCUGCGACAGCAAGAACCAACGGUCAGCACCCUGCAUCUGGUGGCCAAUGAUAUGACUGAUAUCAUGGAGAACCUGGACACACGAGAACUCGACAUUGGAGAUGGGGAAGAGGAGUUUGAUGGGCAGGACCCCAACAGUGCAGAAAACAAAAUCCCCUUCUCAGCUGUGUAUAAAACAAAGGGCUUCAAAGAAUCUGGAGCACGUGUGUUUCUUACAACAUUUCCUAUUACUGCCAAAAUCCUGGAGGUUGAACGCUUCACUUCCGCCCAAGAUCGCUUCAACAUCACCUCCCAGAGAAGUGUUUCGAAGGUGCUUCCCGCAGUGUUUAAGAUCGAGUUAAGGCACGGAAACUUCACCUGGUAUGUGAAGAGGAAGGAGAAACAUUUUAUGGAGCUUCACAGGGAACUCCGCACCUACAAGACCUUCAUCAGAAUUCCACUGCCUUCCCGCAGUCAUGCAGAACGGAGGCACACUAUUAACCGGAACCUUGAACGAAAUAUACCAAAUCUACCCCGGGGAGGAGAAGAACUGGCCAGGGAAGAGCAAGUCUCCAGUCGAAAAAGACAACUUGAAGACUACUUGAAUAGGCUGCUUAAAAUGCCAAUGUAUAGAAACUACCAUGCAACGAUGGAAUUUAUUGAUGUGAGUCAGUUGUCCUUCAUUCAUGACUUGGGACCUAAAGGCUUAGAGGGCAUGGUUCUAAAAAGGUCAGGGGGUCACCGUAUUCCCGGACUGAACUGCUGUGGCCACAGCAAAAUGUGCUACCGCUGGUCCAAACGGUGGCUGGUGGUGAAGGACUGUUGUCUUCUCCUUAUGAAGCCAGACACAGGUGCCAUCUCAUUCGUGCUGCUGCUGGACAAGGCAUUUAGCAUCAAAAUGGAAACUAAAGACACUGAGACAAAGCAUGGUGUCCGUAUAGACAGUCUGUCCAGGACACUAGUACUGAAGUUCACAAGUUACCGUCAUGCCCGCUGGUGGGGGCAAGCCCUUGAUGAAUUUGUGCGGAAGUAUGGCAGCAAUUUCUUAAAGGAUCAUCGCUUUUCUGCCUUCGCCAAAGAGCAAAAGAACAUCCAGUCAAAAUGGUAUGUGAAUGGGAAGCAGUACAUGGAGGAUGUGGCGAAUGCACUGGAGGAGGCAGAGGAGGAGAUCUUUAUCACAGAUUGGUGGCUGAGCCCUGAGAUCUUCCUCAAGAGGCCGGUUGUCGAGGGCAACCGCUGGCGACUUGAUUCCAUUCUGAAACGGCAAGCGCAAAAAGGUGUGCGGAUCUUUGUGAUUUUGUAUAAGGAGGUGGAACUGGCUCUUGGGAUAAACAGUGAAUACAGCAAACGAACACUACUACAGCUUCACCCCAAUAUCAAGGUAAUGAGGCACCCUGACCAUGUGUCAUCUUCCGUCUACCUGUGGGCUCAUCACGAGAAGAUUGUAGUCAUCGACCAAUCAGUGGCUUUCGUGGGAGGCAUUGACUUGGCAUAUGGUCGCUGGGAUGAUAAGGAGCAUCGGUUGACUGAUGUAGGGAGUGUCACCAGGACUCUCCCCGUGUCUGCAGAGAGCACCUCUGAAGCCUUUCCCGCUAUGGCUGCUCCAUCAAACGGAUCAAGUUCAGCACAAAGCAAUGGCAAAGGUCUUGCCAUGGACUCUUUAGACCAACCAAAACUAAAAGUACAGGGGAAGACCAAGAAGCCUCGUUUCGGCAUCCGAAGACGCCUUCAGAAACACGGGCUGGCACCUGCAGACAGCGUGAGCAGUGUUGAGAGCUCAGAAGAAAAGACGGAGGCAGCGCAGGAAUUGCAAGCAGACGUCAUCGGUCUGAUGGGGAACACACGGUUCUGGCAUGGCAAAGACUACUGCAAUUUUGUACACAAGGACUGGAUCCAGCUGGAUAAACCUUUUGAUGAUUUCAUUGACAGGCACAUAACUCCCAGAAUGCCUUGGCAUGACAUCGCCUCUGUGGUGCAUGGGCGGGCUGCUAGAGAUGUUGCUCGCCACUUCAUUCAGCGCUGGAAUUUCACAAAGAUCAUGAAGCCUAAAUACAGGUCCCUCUCUUAUCCGUACCUCCUUCCUAAAUCUCACACAACUGCAAAUGAAAUCAAGUACCAGGUCCCUGGCUGUACCCCGACUAAUGUUCAGGUGUUACGGUCAGCUUCAGACUGGUCAGCGGGUAUAAAAUACCAUGAGGAGUCGAUUCAUGCAGCUUACAUCAACAUUAUUGAACACAGCAAACACUAUAUCUACAUAGAGAACCAGUUCUUUAUAAGCUGCGCAGACAACAAGGUGGUUCACAAUAAAAUUGGAGACACCAUUGCCCAGAGGAUCAUAAAAGCCUAUCGGGAGGGUAAUAAGUACCGUGUGUAUGUGGUGACUCCUCUGCUUCCUGGAUUUGAGGGGAAUAUUACCACUGGAGGGGGCAGUGCCAUACAGGCAGUCAUGCACUUUAAUUACAGGACCAUGAUUAGAGGAGACUGCUCCAUCAUCUCACAGGUGAAAAAAGAAAUGGGUGAUCAGUGGAUAAAUUACAUCUCAUUUGGGGGUCUGAGGACCCAUGCUGAGCUCGAGGGAAGACUGAUGACUGAACUAAUAUAUGUGCACAGCAAGAUGCUCAUUGCCGACGACAACACCGUCAUCAUUGGUUCUGCCAAUAUCAAUGACCGCAGCAUGCUGGGUAAGAGAGACAGUGAGGUGGCUGUCAUUUAUGAGGACACUGAGACUGUGAAAUCAAUCAUGGAUGGUCAGGAAUAUCAGGCUGGACGCUUUGGACUGAGUUUGCGGCUGGAGUGUUUCAAGAUGAUUCUAGGCGCAAACACAGACCCCAGCAUUGAUGUUACUGACCCAAUCAGUGACCAGUUUUACAAGGAGGUGUGGAUGACCACUGCUGCCCGCAAUGCCACUAUCUACCAGAAGGUGUUCCGCUGCUUGCCGUCCAGUGAUGUCCGGGCAAUUAUGGAGCUGGAUGGGUUCCUCUCAAAGCCUGGCUUGGAGAAGGAGGACCCUGUCCGUGCUCAUGAGGAGCUGAAAAAGAUUCGGGGCUUCCUAGUCCAGUUUCCUCUCCAGUUCCUCAGCGAGCAGAACCUUCUACCACCCAUCGGAUCAAAAGAAGGCAUGGUGCCAAUGGACGUCUGGACAUGAGAGAUCAGAACGUGCCCACAUCACCAGGCUUAAAAGAAACUGCAAAUCCAGCAGGUGUACCUUGCAAACGAGGAACAACUUCCCCAGUUUUAUCACAUAAUGAACACUUCUGAGACACAAAAGGAGAUUUGGAAUAGUUUUAGCCAUCACUUGUUUACCCAUCUGAAAUUUUGGACAACACCAGAAUGGAAUAUUUGGUCCCUAUUCGAAGCUUGAUUGUUGAAUGUUUUGUAUAUUAUUUUAUUUUUUGGAGUCUAAAACUAUGCAUCUUAUACUAUUUUAUUAACUAUACUCAGUACUAUACGAAGUCCUGGAAGAUGGUAAGAUGGAGGCAUGGGUGUCAUCGGACCUUUGAUUGGACACUGCUGGAGAAAUACUAUAAAAGGUUUAUAUAUAUAUAUAUAUAUAUGAGUUUUGUGCCCUGUAAUAUGCACUGAAUACAAGUGAUUCUCCGUAUCGAAGUGCCAACUAUCAACUGUAUCUUUCUUUAUGUAUCUUCUGUCUUUUCUCUGUAGGCAGUGCUAAGCCUGCAACAUUCCCUGUAUUACUAAAUGCUACUUUAUUUCAAAGUAAUUUAUGGGUCUGUGAUGGUGGACGUUGUCCAUGAUUGUUGGUUUCCUAUGGUAAAAUCUCCAUGUUUUGGUGGCCUUAUUUAUUUUUAUAUGUCCCCCGCCAUAAUGCUUAGUAUGAACUUAAAUCUACCAAAGCUUCUGUGAAAUGGAUACAUGAAGAUAUGAAAUGGCCUAAUCAGGUUCCUUUGAAGAAUAAUUUGACCAGUAUUCCAGUGCUUGCCCAUACUGUAUAGUAUACUGGAGAUGCGGCUACGCCCAUCAAGCUUAUGAUGUUUACGAACCAAUUUUGAAGUAAUAAAACCGACUCAUACAUUCCAUGUAGAGGUAUUGAAUCAAUUGCUAACAGUUUACGUGUUAAAUAAACUGUUGAUGUUAAAGAUUUUCAUGUCAUUGUAAAGAUCACAUUUUGUUUGGCUGUUAAAACAAAAUUAAGCAUGUGUGUAAAUUGUGAGCCAAGCACUGUUAUCUGUGUAUCUGCACUUUUAUGGUAAUUCAGGAAUUUAUCUGAUAUACAGUAUCUGAUUUUUGUUUUCUUUUCCUUCAUGUCUUUCUACCCAUUCCCCAUGGAUUGCUUUUUUGCACAAAAGAUGUCUUGUCAAGAACACAAAUUACCUGUGACAUUUGAACUAUUUAUGUGCAUUGAUGUAAUGCAAAUGAUUAAACCAAAUGAUU